CCGCGCUCCCGCUCGGGCCGUUGCGGCGGUCGCGACACGUGGCCCCGCCGGCGGCAUGGCCGCGGCGGCCGAGGCUGCGGGCGGCGGCAGCAGCCGCCACGAGAAGAGCCUGGGGCUGCUGACCACCAAGUUCGUGUCGCUGCUGCAGGAGGCCAAGGACGGCGUGCUGGACCUCAAAGCGGCUGCUGAUACGCUUGCUGUGAGGCAGAAGAGAAGGAUCUAUGAUAUCACCAACGUUCUGGAGGGGAUUGAUCUCAUUGAGAAGAAGUCAAAAAACAGCAUUCAAUGGAAAGGAGUAGGUGCUGGCUGCAAUACAAAAGAAGUCAUAGACAGACUGAGGUAUCUGGAAGCUGAAAUUGAAGAUUUAGAACUAAAAGAAAAAGAAUUGGAUCAGCAGAAAUUGUGGCUUCAGCAAAGUAUCAAGAACGUCAUGGAUGAUUCUACAAACCACCAAUUUUCAUAUGUCACCCAUGAAGAUAUCUGCAACUGCUUCAAUGGAGAUACACUUCUAGCAAUUCAAGCACCUUGUGGUACACAAUUAGAAGUACCUAGACCUGAAAUGGGACAGAAUGGACAGAAGAAAUACCAGAUCAAUCUUAAAAGUAGUUCAGGACCUAUCCAUGUGCUGCUUAUAAACAAAGAAUCAAGCUCCUCCAAGCCCACAGUGUUUCCAGUUCCUCCACCUGAUGACCUGGCACAGCCCCCAUCUCAGCCUGCAGUUCCAGCGACUCCACUUAAACCAGCUGCAGCUCCUCCAAAUCCUCCAGAACAACAUGACCCGAACCAAGGACAGGAGUUACCGCAAACAGCAACUGCAGAUACACCAUCAGAUGGCAGUGCCCAGCAGGACAGCCCAGCCCCUGCAGCCCCUUACUCCAGCCUUCCGGAGCCAGAGCUCUAUCCCAGCCUAUCUGGAGACAGUGCCCAAGCCUCAGCCAGCUCCAGUGACUACCAGAGCUUGCUGCCUCUGGAUGUCAACUGCAUUCUCAAGCCAAACUCAUUUGACAUUGCAAAGAUGGAGGAGCCUGCAGGAAAUAUCAGUGGAGAUAUUAUUGAUGAACUCAUGUCUUCUGAUGGGCCUGCCCACUGGAAGGAGGUUUUUCCUGUCGCUAAUGGAGACCGUCAGUCACCCAUCGACAUCAAAACUGAGGAAACCAAGUAUGACCCUUCCCUCCGUCCUCUAAAUCCCAGUUAUGAUCCAGCUUCUGCUAAAAUCAUCCUUAACAACGGGCACUCCACCAGUGUGGAGUUUGAUGACACCGUCAACAAAUCAGCAUUGGAACUGGGCUGUCAAGUCUAUAACCGUUUGUUGCUGACUGGGGGGCCACUCAGUGGGACCUACAGGCUGCGCCAGAUUCACUUCCACUGGGGAUCAAAUGAUGAAGCUGGCUCUGAGCACACUGUGGAUGGGAUGAAGUAUGCGGCAGAGCUUCAUGUGGUCCAUUGGAAUGCAGAGAAGUAUUCCAGUUUUGUUGAGGCAGCUUGUCAGUCAGAUGGACUAGCAGUCAUGGCUGUAUUUCUGAAGAUUGGUGAAUGCAACCCUCAACUGAACAAGAUUACUGACCGCUUGGACACCAUCAGAAUCAAGGGAAAAAAAGCACUAUUCACAAACUUUGACCCCAGCUGUCUGCUUCCCAAGUCCCUGGACUACUGGACUUAUUUUGGCUCUCUCACUGUUCCACCUCUUCUUGAGAGUGUCAUCUGGAUUGUUCUGAGAGAGCCCAUAAGUGUUUGUUCUGAACAGCUGGCCAAAUUCCGCAGCCUCCUGAGCACUGCUGAGGAUGAGGUUGCCUGCUGCUUGCUGAGAAAUUUCCGGCCUCCCCAGCCUCUAAAGGGACGAGAAGUCAGAAGGAAUUAAAGGAGUAAAUCCAGAGUAGGCUCACUCUGAGACCAAAGGCUGAAUUAAUUUUCAUAUACUUCAUGAUUUUUUUUUUAAUUGUUUUAACUAAUAGGUGUUGUUUUAUUAGUGGUUUCCAUGCAGUCAUUUCUCACAGGCAAGUACAUCCAGAGUUAUCACAGAUUCAUUGAUAUUAACAGGUCUGACUGAGUUUGAGUGCAUUGGCUUGGAAGCACUAGGCCAUCAGCAUUGCAUGCACAGAGGUCACUGCUAAUCAUAAGGGUCAAAUGUGAUGGAGGACUUGCCCAGAUUUUGCCACCAAAUUACUGAACAGGAUCCUUGGUAGUAUUGACAGUAUAGGAUGUUCUGGGAUAAUUCUUCUGAUCUCUGACAUAACACUUAGCUUCUGUAAAAACCUCACAUUACUGUUCUCAAAGAAAAUAUAUUUCAAGGAUGAUGUAAUUUCAUUGCUGACUUCUGCAAUACCGUGCUUACUUUCCUACAAAAAACAGUAAUGAUAAGCAGUAUUUAAGUAAAACAGAUAUUUAUAUGAUCCUGUUAUUCUGGCUGCUGCAUAGAAGUAAUGAUGUACUGAUUGAUGGGUUUUUAAAAAGCAAAUAAUAAGGAUUUUAUAUAUUGCAAGAUCAUGUCAGGUAGAUUAAGUAUUCCUGAAUUUCCCAAUGUCACAAGAUGAAAUUGUCCUGAAACCUGGAAACUGCAAGCUGGAAAGGCAUAGAGGGAGCUGUUUGUGCCUAAAUCCAGUUUGUUGCAUUUGGUGAAAAAUAAGGGAUUAUUGCACUAUAUCCAUGCAAGCAUCAGACUUUUGCCCUUUCAAAUCAAGAGGCAGGGAUGACUGUUGUUCCAGACCAUUGCACACUGCAGUGUGAACCACAUGCUGCUUACCUCUCAUCUCGCUGUGGAGCACAGUGCUACCCAGGUAUAGAAUGUGUCAAGGUGCUGGCUGAUGAUCUGCUUCAUAGUUGAACUUCAGUGGUUGCACUUAUAUUCCAAGACCAAAGAGAAUAGUCAGAGGGGGCCAAAGACAUCGGAAUCAAGUCAACAUCAAAUAAAAAGCUCAGCCCUCAAUAGCAAUAUGUUGAAACGUCCGUCUUUAUGAGUUGACUUGAGCCAGUGUUUCUCUCAGGAGCUUUUUUUAUCUGAAUAUAAUUGGGGUUUUUUACACCAAAUAUUUUUAUUAAUGAGCAUGCCAUAGGAUGUAGCUUAGGAUAGAAUUAUAUUUACUCUCAAGCUGUGAGAACUACAUAGUGAAAUCCAGUGAGUGAUACCUGAAAAAGGCAGCUAGAGAUUUUACUGGCAGCAACUAACACCAGUUUCUGUAGUACUUCUGACAAAUUCAUCUUCCAUAACUGAUCUCCUUGAAUUAAUUUUUAAAUAGGUUUUAUAUGCUUUGCCUUUUACCUCAGUGGGUCAUUUAAUCUUAGAUGAACAAACAUGAGGGAAAUCACAAUCAGGAUUGACAUUAUAUGCUGUUUUAGAACAAUAAAUUAGACAUAGACAUAGAGAUAUUUUAUCUUAGUUUAAGAUAUGUGGAAAUUUUUGUUUUCUCCUCCCCGGAAUGUAGCUAUUCUAUCCUGCAAGGCCUCCCAAUGCCUUUUGAAUAUUUUCUGAACAAAAGAACACAAACAGAGCAUUGGAGAAAUAAAAGGCAUUUAGCAGAACUAAAAAGAAAAGUGUUGUAUGUGUUGUAUGUUUUCACUCCCUUUUUUAGACUUAGGAUUGGAUCUCACAUGUUUCCCUGUUAUGUGAGUAGCUACAGAAUGUGGAAAAAUGUUUACAAAUUGCAGGAAGGAUACAAAGGAUUUGUUAGUCUCAGAAGAGAAAGGAAUAAGGCUACUGCUUCAUAUUGUAAACAGAAGUUUUGCGUAUUUCUUACCUAUUGUAAACAGUGGAAUUGAUUCAAUUCUUUUAUAUUUAUAAGGAUUUUACAAAAUAAAAUAUGGAUUUUAUGAA